CGUCGAAUAUCUAUACUGGUAGAAAAUAAUCGGUAUCAAGUGUUGGUAAACCGCAAGUCAACGUAACAAUUAACGGUAUUAUCUAAAAACCUUGAGUAAAUCGAUACAAAAUGUAUCGGUAAACCGGUUUGUACACAAAUAUAUAAAGUUUUAUAUAUCUGUGGGUUUGUGUCAAUGAAUUUCUUGACAGUAAUCAGUAAUACAAACUUGAGAACCACUGGGCUUUCUUAUCAAAUUAUAAAUAUUGAUAGCAAAACGUACGUUAAUAAAAUAAUUCUCUAAAAGUCUUCUUUAUAUUUUUAAUUAUUCGUUAAUUUAGUUAUGUCAAAUUCAAAUUCUAAUAUACCUUUUAUUGUUUUUAAAGCUGAUUCAGAAGAAAAUGAACCAGUAGACCCAUAUGUUAGCAUUUUAAAAAAUCACGGAUAUACUGCUCAGUUAAUACCCACUUUGGAAUUCGAAUAUUAUAACUUUGAUGAGCUUAAAAAAAAACUACAAAAACCUCAAGAUUAUUCUGGUUAGUAAUGAUUAUUAAUAGUAUUUUUUAUUAAGUUAGAUUUUAAAAUUAUUUUACUUGGUGCUUAAUUCAAAAAUAUAAAAAUGUAUAACUUAAGGUAUAGAAAAACACAAUCAUUCUGGUUAUUAUGUUGUUUAAAACUAUGAAUUAAGUUUACAAUACAAGUUGUGACACCAAAAAAUAUGUUUGCCUUGCAGCCCAUAUGAUACAAAGAUAACUGUAAAUAGUAGUAACAACUGUACAAAUAAAUAACAUUCUAAACUAAUAAUUACUUAAUAUACAGUGUGAUCACGAUAAGUGGAAACACUCAAUAACUAUGUGCAGGUUUCAUAUAUUUCAAUUCUACUUUUUCGGCUUACUAAUAAACAUAAUUAUACACGUUUUAAAAUAAUUGGACUAUUUUUGUGACAAUUAGUUUUUCGUUUACGCACAAUAACUUUUUUUUUUUAUUAAAUGUUUAAUAUUAAUAUUAAUAAUAGUAAAUUUUUAAUAAAUAUUUAUUUAUUAGUUAUGGAUAAUAAUUCAGAAAAAGUUGACAUGCUUUUUACAUAUUGUAAAUGCUAAACUAACUAUGGUUUAACAAUAAAUUUAAUUUUCUUUGCUUAAUUUUUCAUCAAAUGAAUGCCCUUUUUUAAGAUAAACAACAUUCUUCACCUAGACUUUUUUUAUAAACUGGAAAAAAAUUUAAAAGACGUUAUUUUUCCAAAUGAGUCAUUAACAAACAACUGAGGCGAGGAAAUGCUGUUGGAGAAGAUAUUGAGGUGCAAAUACUAGCUUACAUUAGAGCAAAUCCUUUUAUAAACUGUUUCACUAGAUAUACCCAUGCAAGUUAAAUAAAAUAAACUCAGCUAUUUUUUAACUUUGAAAAGAAUUUCGACCACUAAAAUUCAUUAAAAAAUACAAAAAAAAUAACUGUGCGCAUGCGCAAAAUUGUCACAAAAAUAGUCUAAUUAUUUGAAAAGGUGUAUAAUUAUUUUUAUUAGUUGGCCGAAAAAACAGAAUUGAAAUAUACGAAGCCUGCACAUAGUUAUUGAGUGUUUCCACUUAUCGUGAUCACACAAUGUACUGUGUAUCAUUUUUAACUACCAAUCUUGAAAAAAAAUUGAUGACAAUUGAUUUCCUUUGGAUUAUUUUGGCUUUUAACAACAUUUUAUUAUCAAUUUUGAUCAUAACAUAUUGAUACAUUAUAAACUUUGUUAUUGUUUGUUAAUGAAAUAAAUUUCAAUUAGAAUAGGGAUCCCAGAUUUAUUUAUUAUAAAUAUGGGACAUUUUAAAUCGGACUUAAAAUUUACAUUUAUUGCAACAAACAAUCGUGUGUGGGAGGGGACCAUGGUAAGGAUGUAACUCUCAAAACUAGUCCGUAAUUAAAAAGUUAACCAAUCAAAAUAAAAAUGUUUACUUUUUACAUCAUUUUUUGUAUGAAAUAUAAUGUUGAAAUCAAACUGAAGUAUACUGUACCUUAACAUAAUUCAAAAAUGUUAUUUAUCUACAAUGAUACUUACUGUCCAAUCUCAUGAUAUCACGCUGCUACUGCUAGACAAGGAACCGAAAAAAAAAAACUUAAGUUCUGAUCUUCUUAGUAAUUAUAGUAACAGUAAUUCCAAAUUUAUUUAAUCAAAAUAUAUUUUGCAGAUAAAAUUAUUUGAUAUAACUGUUAUAACUAAUUAUUAUUAAUCAUACGGAAGUACAGAAUGGGUGAUUAAAAAUACAGAACACAAGUGUUGUUUAGAACAUUUAGUUGGAACACCAGGACGCUUGUCUCAAAUAUGGUGGCACAAUCCUGUAUAAUAUGGGAUGUAUAGGAUCCCUAAAUUAGAGUGUAUUAUUUAUAUUAUAUAUUAUAGUUCCUGAUAUCAAAUUUAAAUUUCUCGUCCAUAGUAUUUUUAUAUUUUUUUAUUCAAUAUAAUUUUUACCAUUUUUAUAGUUUCUAUUUAAUGUUGUCUUCUGCUGAUUAAAAUCAAAUGUUAAUAAUUUAAUUAACUUUUAGAUUACAUAACUCAAUAUUUUUAGUAUAAAUCUAGUUAACACCUACGCAGUUUUCCAAAAAAAUUUUUACCACAAGAAUUAACGCUUAUGUUGAGUAUAAUAGAAGCAUUUAGAAUUGGGUUGUUAAACGUAAUUUUUGGGCACUUUUGAAGUUAUUUGAGUAAUAUUUGUUUGUAUUGUAUAUUUAAAAUUGGCUUAUGUAUUUAAAUAUUAAUUAGUAUGCUCUGUCUUUUGGUAAUCUGCUUGGUAAGCAGCUCAUUUUAAAUAAAAGUUGUUUCUUUCUUGCACUUUUCAACCUUGAUUAUUGUAGCCUAGUGAUGUAUACCUGGUGUCAUUCCUGAGGUUUCUAAAUCUUACCUGUGUUUUGAUAAAUUCUGUUUGUACUUUUUUUUCAAUGCUUUAGAAGUUUUGAUUGAUACGUCAUUCAAUAAUAAUAAUUAAAAAUCAUUUUUCUUUAAUAAUACAUUUUUUUAUCCUGUGAUCUAUUUGAAAUGAUGUUGCAUUGCAAAUCGAGAGGUAUUUUCAUUUUAAGCUGUUCAAACGAAUGACCUCGCCCAGUUUCUAGGUAUACUAAAAAUGCAUUUGUUUUUUCCUUGUUACAUACUCAACAAGGUUUUGUAUAAAAAAAUUGAUGGAUAUUUUCAUUUCUCAAUCUGAACAAACGUAUACAUUGAAUACACACAUUUCAAAGUGAUUUAUAGUAAAAACUAAUGAUUUCCUCCAAUUUUUUCUUGUAUUUAAAAUGGUGAUACUACCUUGGAAUACCUGGGUUUUGAAAAAAAAAAAAUUUUAAAAUUUGUGCAGAUGUUAUAUUAGAUUUGUUUCUACUUUAUUUAUAUAGGUAUGGUAAUAACUAGUCCAAGAUGUGCACGAGGAGUGAUAAAGUGUUUAGGAGGUUUCAAAGUAGAUGAAAAGUGGUGUAAUAAACCUAUAUUUGUUGUUGGGGAAGCAACAUCUCGACUAAUAACCAAUGAACUAGGUCUUAAACCAAUUGGAGCAGAAACUGGCAAUGCUAUGGCUUUGAUACCUAUUAUUUUAAAAUGUAAGUUAAAUUUAUUAUAUUUAGGAAUAAAUUAAUGUGAAUACAAAAAAAUUGUAUACAUUUGUUUUUCUGUUUAGAUGAAUUAAAUGAUCCUUUGUUAACUCCAUGUGGAAAUCUUAACCUUAAUAUAUUAGCUGACAAUAUAAAAACUGUUAAAUUUGAGAAUAUAGAAGUUUAUCGAACUAUACCACAUUGUAAUUUGAAAAAUAAUUUAAAUAUAGUGUUGAAUCAAAUUAAAAAUCAAAUUGGAGCUAUAUUUUUUAGCCCUUCUGGAUUUCGUGCAAUAUUAGAUUUGAUGCCAAAACAUUUAUUUAGUCAAAUACAUGUAAGUAUUAAUCCUACUUUAGUCAAGUCAAAUUUUAUUACAAUAUUGUAUUGACAGGGUACAUAAUACAAUCUAAAACAUUUUCUUCAAUAAUUAACAAUAUAAUGCAUACCUUAUGAAAGAAACAAUAAAAUAACCCAGUCAUUUAGACAAGUGUACAUGUAAUGCUGGGUUAAGUAAAUUAUAGAUACAAUCAAAUAGUACCAUUUACACUUUUGCAUACAAUAACUUCUAUACUAGAAACUGUAUAAUAUUAGAAGAACUAGUGAACAUGUUGCUAUUCUAUAUGAACCAACAAUAUUUGUUUCUGAAAUAUACUAAUAUUUUCAAAAUGUCUAUAUAUAGUAGUUUUAGUUUUAUUUAUAAUUAAAGAUUUAGAGUUUUUGAAGUAUAGUGUUAGUAGAUACUUAGCUGUUUAAGUCCUUCACAUAAUAACAAAAAUUACAGAGAGAAAGUGUCAAUAGCUAUAUUUAUUUUAAAAAAAGAUGGAUGGAUGGAUGGAUUAACUAUGAAAGAUUAAAAUAAUAAAGUAUAAUCAAAAUUAUUAAAUGGUUAAUACUCGUAAAUAAAAAUAUAAAUAAAUAAUUAAAUGUUUUGCCUGGAGUAUUAUGAUAUGUGUAUUGUAAUGUUUCUAAAAAUGAUUUAAAAACUAUUUUUAUAAAAUAACUAUAAUAUAAGUUUUGAUAUUAAUACAGACUCAGAAAUAUUAAAUACCCAAAAUAACAUUUAUAUUAAUUCAGUUUUAGAAGAAUUAUACAUACACAAUAGAAUAAAGAAAAAUAAUUUAUAUUUCUAAUAUAUCUAUGUCUAAUAAUAAUUCAUUUUAAAUUAUCUCUCCUAUUAAAAUAAGUUAUUUCUAUGUAAAAGACCAAUUUGUAUACAUUUUUCUCUAUGUAUUCCUUCAUUUAUUUUUUCAUAAUAUUUAGUCACAUUUUACUUUUUUACUUUGUGAUUUUACCUGACGAACUUUUAAUUUGACACCAGUUAUACAAUACACAUAUCACAAUACUCACAUUUCUUUAUUUUUUUUUUAUAUUUAUGAAAGACACUUGCCUGUAGUUUUUUGCUUGUAUAAUAAUAUUUUGUAGAUAGAAAUAUUAUGCAAAUUAUAAAAAUUAAAAAUGUAUUGCUGGCUGUUAAGUUAGCACCUUUGAAGUUAAAUUGUUAAUGUUCUUAUGUUGAAUAGGGAGAAAAGGUUUAUGAUGAACAAAGGUGAAAGUCUCCUGAAGAAGCAGAAACUUGUUUAACUACUCUAUUAUUAGUGCUUAAGAAAAUUAGGCUAAAUAGUCCAUGAAAGUGUGUCUAUAGAAGUAGUAUUUUAGUAGAGUAAGUAGUAAAAGUCACAGUUAAAGGUAGAGAAAAAGGAUAAAGAGCCAGAGGCAAGAAAACCCAAAAUAUUGUAAGAUCAAUCAAUACCGAAAAUGUUGCAAGUAGAAAUGGAGUGAGGAUUUUUAGAAAUCAGUAGCUAAAUUGUAUAUGAAACUUGUUCAGAUGAGGAAGACUACUUGGUAGUAAAUCAACGGCAUCAAGACAAGAUUACAUAGUUUGUGAAAAUUAAAUAUACAGUUUUAAAGUACGUUUAAAUAAUAAGACAGAAUAAGGUAAACAAAAAAUACAUGUAUAACAUGUACGUUUUUUAAUAAAGAAUUAUAUUUUAUACACCAGAACCAGAACUUAAGAUUUCUAAAUAAUUAUCAAAAAGUAUCAUUUGAAAUUAAUAAUUUGUUUUAAUAUUACAGAUUUUUGCAAUUGGUCCUACCACAGCUGCUGCCAUUAAGGAAGCUGGUUAUAUUUUGACUGGGGUAUGUGAAAAACCAAAACCAGAGUCCAUGAUAAAUAUGAUAGAUGCAUUUAUUCAAAGUCCUGUUAUAUCAUGAAAAUGUAAAUCUCAAUAUUUAGCUAAUGACAGUUGAUUUUGUGUUUAUCCCAAUUUUUAACUUGGCACUGUCUGAAAAUAUAAUUUAUUUAUUUUUAAAAAAAAUGGGAUAUUUCUCAAAUUAUUAACAUUUGUUAAUUACCUGCUACAAUACCAUUGAUUUUUACACUUGGAACACCUAUUUUUUGCAGGUAAUUUACAAGUAGCACAUAUAUUUUCAUUGAUUUCAAAAUGAUCUAUAUGUUCAUAUGUACCACUUAAUCUAAAACAUAAAAAACCAAUAUUUUGUAGUUUUUAUUAAUUUAAUAAUAACUUAAGUAGUAUUACCAAACUAGAUUUAUUUAAUUAUACUUACGAUUUAGCUAUGUUAUAUGAUUCAUUGCCAAAUAAAUAAAGGGCUUGUACUCUAGCAAUUUUUUUCCAUUUAUUUGCAUAAGUAUUUAAGAUAUUAGAUUUAAUCUAAUAAAAACAAUUUAUAGUUUAGCAAAACAAUUAUAUUAAUAUAUAAACAUCAGAAAAUCAUACUUCAGCAUUGAUUUCUAUCAGUAUUGGUCGUUUUGAUAUUGUUGAAACUUCAGAUAAACUCAUCUGAUAUAAACUCUGUUUCAAGUGUAUCAACACUGGAAUAUGAUCCAAAAGACAAUCGUUGAGUAAAUGUUGUAACUAUUUAAUAUAAAUAUCACAAUAAAUUAUUCUUUGUAAGUUAUAACUUAAAAAAAAAUAUAUCAUAAAAUAUUGUGUAUACAAAAUAAAUAAUUGGAAGAGGACAAUUAUUUUUUGAAUCAAUAAUUAAUAACAUUUGAAUAUUGUAAUAUGUAAUAUUCAGAUGUGAAAGACAUUAAUUAUUGUAAGAAGCCCU